AUGCUAGGAACAAAGCCAAGAGUUCAUCUGUUUAUUUUCCCUGUGCGUCUCAGCAGGUGUCCGCCAUGGGUGACAGGGGAGCAAACAACCACUCAGAAACCAGCGACUUCAUCCUUGUGGGCUUCAGGGUCCGCCCGGAGCUCCACGUGCUCCUCUUCCUGCUCUUCCUGCUCGUCUACACCGCCAUCCUCCUGGGGAACCUGGGCAUGCUGGCUGUCAUCGCCACCGACCCCCGGCUCAACACGCCCAUGUACUUCUUCCUGGGCAACCUCUCCUUCGUCGACCUCUUCUAUUCCUCGGUCAUCGCCCCCAAGGCCAUGGCCAACUUCUGGUCGGAGAGCAAGUCCAUCUCCUUCGCGGGCUGCGUGGCGCAGCUCUUCCUCUUCGCCCUCUUCAUCGUCACGGAAGGCUUCCUCCUGGCGGCCAUGGCCUACGACCGCUUCGCCGCCAUCUGCAGCCCCCUGCUCUACUCCGCCCAGAUGUCCCCGCGGCUCUGCGCUCAGCUGGUGGCCGCGUCCUACCUCUGUGGCUGCGUGGCCUCGGUUCUCCAGACCAGCAUGACGUUCAGCGUACCCUUCUGUGCCUCACGGGCUGUUGACCACUUCUACUGUGACACUCGCCCGCUUCAGCGGCUGUCCUGCUCGGGCCUCUUUGUUCAGAAAAUGGUGUCCUUUUCCUUAUCCGGCGUCAUCAUCUUGCCCACCAUCAUAGUCAUUCUCGUCUCCUACGUGUACAUCGUGUCCACGGUGCUCAGGAUUCCCUCGGCGGAGGGGCGCAGGAAAGCCUUCUCCACCUGCAGCUCCCACCUGGGCGUCGUGGGGGUGCUCUACGGCGCUGUCUUCUUCAUGUAUCUCACGCCGGACAGGUUCCCCGAGCUCAGUAAAUUUGCCUCCUUGUGCUACUCCCUUGUCACGCCGAUGCUGAAUCCCUUGAUUUACUCUCUGAGGAACAAGGAUGUCAAAGAGGCUCUAAGAAGACUUGUAGAGAAGAAAAGUGCUCUUCUCUGA